GUUAUUACUCUCUUGUUUCCUUUUCCCCUUCUUGUUCAAUCUCUGUGAUCACAGAACUGUAUAUCCUAGCUCAGUCUCUUCAAAAGCUAGCAAAAUUAAGCAGAAGAGGAGAAAGAGAAAAAAGAAAAAAAAAAGAAUGAAGUUUGGGAAAGAGUUCAAGGCACAAAUGGUGCCAGAAUGGCAACAAGCAUACAUGGACUACGAUUUUCUUAAAACCCUUUUGAAAGAAAUUCAAAGAUUCAGAAUAAGAAACAAACCACCGCAACCCACCUCAUUGUACAGAGCUUUCAGUGGGUUGAUGCAGAAAAACAACAAUAAUUACAGCACAAGAGUAGCCCCAUAUCCUUCUGACAACAUCGAAAGCGAAGCCAUUUUGGUGAAUUCUGUGAGCCGUGAUGGCUCUCAGAGCUAUGAAACCACUUUCAUUAUGUAUUGUGAUGAAGGAGGAGAGUACGAGCUGGCGUACUUCAGUAAACUUGAUUUUGAGUUUAACAAGGUAGAGAAGUUCUACAAGGCUAAAGUUGACGAGGUUAUGAAGGAAGCUUCUAUGUUGAAUAAGCAAAUGGAUGCCUUGAUUGCCUUUAGGAUCAAAGUUGAGAAUUUUACUGAACUGAGAUUUGAACACAUAAUUGAGAUGGCUCUAGCUAGUACAAACUCAUUAGGGACACCUUCUGUCUCUUUUUCAUUUUCUUUUUCUUGUCUAAAGAAUUACGAUUGCUUUGCAGGAAGAGUUCAUGUUAUAGAUGUGGCUGAAGAAGCGUCAAGCCAGCAUGAAAAAGCAGAUGCAUCUACUCAUAGUAAUAGAGAGGAGGAAGAUGAUGGGAUUAGCCGAAACGUAGUAAUAGAGAAGCAUAUGAACAUUAGAGGCAACCGAGCAGCUUCACUGGAGAUUUUAAACCGUGUGAAGAUUAACAAAAAACUCGAGACACCUAGAUCUACCAUUAAAGGCUUCCUCAAAAUUCCUCAGCGUACGGAAUUGAAAUUCACAAAGGAAAAUCUUAGGAGAGUUGAGAAGCAACUCAAGCGUGCUUUUGUCGAAUUUUACCACAAGCUUCGCCUUCUCAAGAGUUUCAGCUUCUUGAACACAUCAGCAUUUUCCAAAAUCAUGAAGAAGUAUGAUAAGAUUACCACAAGAGAUGCUUCAAAAGCAUACAUGAAAAUGGUAGAUAAGUCCUUUUUAGGAAGUUCUGAUGAGGUAACCAAGCUUAUGGAAAGGGUCGAGGCAACAUUCAUUAAGCAUUUUUCAAACUCCAAUCGCAGUAAGGGGAUGAGUGUAUUAAGACAAAAAGCGAAAAACGAGAAACACAGAACAACAUUCUCAAUGGGUUUUUUAUCUGGCUGCACCGUAUCUCUAGUAAUAGCCCUUGUUUUGAUUAUUCGUGCCCGCAAUAUCAUGAGUGAGCCAGGGAGAGAAGCAUACAUGACAACCAUGUUUCCCCUAUACAGUUUGUUUGGGUUCAUUGUCCUACACAUGCUUAUAUAUGCUGCCAAUAUAUACUUCUGGAGGCGCUAUCGAGUUAAUUAUUCCUUCAUAUUUGGUUUCAAACAAGGAACAGAAUUAGGAUACCGAGAAGUUCUUCUUUUCAGUUUUGGGAUAGCAGUACUAGCACUGAUGUCUGUACUAGCAAAUCUUGACAUGGAGAUGGACCCUGAAACUAAAGAUUACAAGCCAUUUACCGAACUUCUCCCUUUGAACCUGGUUAUCCUUCUACUUGUCCUAUUGCUCUUGCCAUUUAACGUUCUGUAUCGCUCAGCUCGCUUCUUCUUGCUCACAUGUAUCUUUCACUGCAUUGCUGCUCCUCUCUACAAGGUUACACUUCAAGAUUUCUUCUUGGCAGAUCAACUAACUAGCCAGGUUCAAGCCAUCAGAAGUCUGGAGUUCUAUAUCUGCUACUACGCUUGGGGAGACUAUAAGCUUAGAGAAAACACUUGUAAAACAAGUGAUGUUUACAACACCUUCUACUUUAUUGUUGCGGUGAUUCCAUAUUGGGUUCGUCUUCUUCAGUGCCUUCGGCGCCUGUUCGAAGAGAAAGAUAUAAUGCAAGCAAUUAACGGAGGAAAGUAUUUUGUCACAAUAGCAGCAGUUUGCUUGAGGACAGCUUAUAGUCUCAACAAAGGAACUAGUUGGAGAGUAGCAGCAUGGAUUUUCUCAGUCAUAGCAGCACUCUAUGGGACAUAUUGGGAUCUUGUUUUUGAUUGGGGGCUUCUGCAGCGGCAUUCCAAGAAUCGUUGGCUAAGAGACAAACUGCUUGUUCCUCGGAAAAGUGUCUACUUCAUAGCCAUGGUGUUGAAUGUGUUGCUGCGAUUUGCUUGGCUACAAACUGUCUUGAAUUUCAACAUAUCUUCCCUACAUGCGGAAACUUCGAUUGCCAUUGUUGCAAGUCUUGAGAUCAUUCGCCGUGGCAUCUGGAAUUUCUUCAGGUUGGAAAAUGAACACUUGAACAAUGUAGGAAAAUACCGCGCAUUCAAGUCAGUACCACUACCUUUCAACUAUGAUGAGGAUGAUGACAAAGAUGAAUAGACUCUUAACUAACACAAAGAAAUUAAGUGCUACAAAUAUAACCAAAUUCUUUUUAACAGACUUUUAAGGGCAACGGACUUUUUGACAAGUAAAUAUGAGAAGGUUUAAUAUAUUGUAUUUCAAGCAUUGAGGCCCUAGGAGA